AUGUCCAGAAACGCUUUUUCGUCUCGGGGAGCAUUACUAUUUUCCUCGGCGCCGCUCCAGUGCCAGCGGCGAUGGGUUACGCGACUCUACACUUCCUAUUACACCGGUGUGUUGUAUCCUAACCAACUGGUGCAACCGAAGCAGCGCCUACCAGCAGAUGUAAGCGUUAGUGCGAUUUUGCAGAAGCGCUCUGAGCUAGAAGCAGCUGCCAAAAGAGGCAGCAACAAGGGUAAUAAAGUGGACGUCUCCAAAGGAGAAAAAACACCUGGAGUGUCGUGGGAUGAUGCUGACAGCACUGAUGUCAUGCGCGUUGACAACACCCAACAGCUAAAGGAAGCACCACAGGUUGAACGGCCGUAUGUCCCGCUUGGUGAGGUGGCCAAACUGGAGCUGCAGGGUGACUAUUACAUGGAAGGUGGUAUGUUUCAAGAGGCAUUGGAACACUACGGAGUGGUUGCGAAGGCGUACAAUUAUGCAUAUCCGGAGAAUCACGCGCAGCGUAUAGGAAUAAGGAUUAAGUUGUCAGCUGCGUUUCGUCAAACGGGCCGCUUGGAAAGUAGUUUGGCAAAUAUUGAGGAAGUUCUGCGCAUGUUGGACGCGUCAACCCGUCCUUCUCUUGAGUUGAUCUGCGAGGCUCUGCUGGAGCUGGGAAUCACGCGGGAGGCACUCGGCAUGAAACGGGAAGCAACUGAAGCCUACGAAGAGGCGCUGGAGGUUGUGAAUAGUUUUCACAACUGGGGCGAGUCUCACCGCAUGUUAAGGCUUUUGCCUCGCCUUGGUCGUCGGUUUAACUAUAACUUCGAGGAAAAGUUCGUUUACUUUAGCCCGUUCGACUAUGAUCGAACAUUUGCACUGGUGGAUCAGUGCUUGGAGCGUGCGGAAACCACCUUUAAUGAGAUUGGGGAUGUAGAAGGUGCCAUACGUGUGCUCCAACAGCGCAAAGAAAUGAUCGACAAGAAGUUCUUCAACAUGAGAGACUUCGCUGGUCGCAUUCAUACGAUGCGCGGACACUGGAAGCGGCGGGCCCAACACCUCACGAACGCGCCAACGCCAGAUGAACUACUGCGGUACUCUCCAACGAUUCAUCAGGUUCAUCGUGACUUCAAGUUUGAGCUGACCGCUCCUAUUGGACGGGAAAAGGAGGUGAUGCCUGGCGUCAACCGCUUAGUGUUGGAUAUGGGUAAUCCUUACCGUCGUCGUGGCCGUCUAUCCAAUAAGAUGUUAAAGGAUGCUGACCACAAGUUCGCCAACUACGUCAGGCAGAAAGAGUACAAUGAAUAG